CAACCACAAUCCACGACUAGAAGGUACGUUAUGAGCGUUCAGCUUGGAAACGUCAAGCGGAGUCGACCGCAGAAACACCAGAACGAAAGAGCUUUCAAGAACACGCUACAUGACACGAGUGGGCAAACGAAGAAGAUAAUCGCGCUCAAAAUAGUCAAUGUCUGUGUUCGCUGUAAGGAGAAGAUUGAAUGGAAAAUCAAGUACAAAAAGUACAAGCCACUUACGGUGCCUCGAAAAUGCGUUAAAUGCGAAGGAAAAACAGUGAAACGAGCAUAUCACAUUACCUGCGAUAACUGCGUGAGAGAGCUCAAAAUCUGCGGCAAAUGUGGGACUAAAGAAGACCUGGUUCUUCAAUCCGACAAUGAAGAUGAGUCCAAUUCGAACUGCUAAUGGGACACUACAAAGUAUGAGGAG